AUGCUGCUCGAUAUCCAAAAAAAGCUCCUGUCCCGCUCAGACCGCGUCAAAGGCGUCGACUUCCACCCAACCGAACCGUGGCUCCUCACAGGGCUCUACAACGGCUCCGUGCACAUCUACGACCACACCACGGGCGCGCUCGUCAAGUCCUUCGAAGUCGCCGAGGUGCCCGUGCGGUGCGUCAAGUUCAUCGCGCGGAAGAACUGGUUCGUGGCGGGGAGCGACGACUUCCAGCUCCGCGUGUUUAACUAUAAUACGCAUGAGAAGGUCGUGGGCUUCGAAGCGCAUCCGGAUUAUAUUAGGUGUUUGGCGGUGCAUCCUGCUGCGAGCGUUGUGCUUACGGGCAGCGAUGAUAUGACGAUCAAGGCGUGGGAUUGGGAGAAGGGGUGGAAGAACGUCCAGGUCUACGAAGGCCACACGCACUUCAUCAUGAACCUCGUCUUCAACCCCAAGGACCCCAACACAUUCGCCUCGGCCUGCCUCGACCGCACCGUCAAAAUGUGGUCCCUCACCUCCCCAACGCCCAACUCCACGCUCGACGCACACGAAAAAGGCGUCAACUACAUCGACUUCUACCCGGGGUCGGACAAACCCUACCUCGUCACCUGCGGCGACGACAAGACCGUGCGCGUCUGGGACUACCUCUCCAAAUCGUGCGUGCAGACGAUGGAGGGGCACACGAACAAUGUCUCGUUCGCCGUCUUCCACCCGGCGCUGCCGGUGGUGGUUAGUGGGAGUGAGGACGGGACGGUGAAGGUGUGGAAUAGCGGGACGUAUAGGGUUGAGAGCACGCUUUCGUAUGCGCUUGAGCGCGCGUGGUGUGUUGCGCUCCGGAAGGAUGCGAAUGAGGUUGCGGUUGGGUUUGACGAUGGUGUGGUUGUCAUCUCCCUCGGGAGGGACGAGCCUACAUUCAGCAUGGACACAUCCGGCAAACUGAUCUACACACGGAACCACGACGUCCUCUCCGCAAACCUCCAAACCCUCCCUUCCCCCCCCUCCUCCUCCUCCCCCUCCUCUCCUGACUCCCCCUCCCCAGCAGCAGCAGCAGCAAUAGCAGACGGCACCCGCCUCGCCCUGUCCCCAAAAGACCUCGGCUCAACCGAACUCUUCGCCUCCUCCCUCACCCACUCGCCAAACGGGCGCUUCGUCGCCGCCCUAGGCGACGGCGAAUACAUCAUCUACACCGCCCUCGCCUGGCGGAACAAGGCGUUCGGCGCAGCCAUCUCCUUCGCGUGGGCAGCGGACUCGAACACGUACGCGGUGCUGGAGAGUAGGGUUAAGAUCAAGAUUUUCAGGAGCUUUCGUGAGCGGCCGGGGGUGGGUGUGAAGGGCGUGGGUGGGGGAGGGGGAGGGGGUGCGUGGAGCGUGGAUGGGUUGUUUGGGGGGGUGUUGUUGGGUGCGAAGGGCGCGGGCUUUGUGAUGUUUUGGGAUUGGGAGAGCGGGGAGGUGGUUAGGAGGAUCGAUGUCGAUGCGAAGAAUGUAUACUGGUCAGGCACCAACACACUCCUAGCCAUCACAUCGUCCGACACGUUCUACAUCCUCCGGUUCGACCGCGCAGCGUACGAUGCGCGCGUCGACGCGGGCGGCAUGGAGGAGAUUGCGGAUGAGGGGGUCGAGGAGGCGUUUGAGGUUGUUGCUGAGGUUAAUGAGAGCACCCUCUACCUCCUCGGCUACAUCCCCGCGCACAACCGCGUCUACCUCGCAGACAAAGAGCUCAAUGUAUACGGCUACGCGCUCUCGCUCGCCGUAGUUGAGUAUCAGACGGCGGUGCUGAGAGGCGAUAUGGACGCUGCGAGCGAGAUUCUCCCGAGUGUGCCCAAGGAGCAGGUUAAUAAGGUCGCGAGGUUCUUGGAGGGGCGGGACCUCAAAGAACUCGCACUCGAAAUAACCACAGACCCCGAGCACAAAUUCGACCUCGCACUCGCCCUCUCGGAUCUAUCCACAGCACUAUCCAUCGCGCGCGCCUCCCCUCCUUCGGAAAGCGCUGUGAAGUUUAAGGCGCUAGGUGAUAGGGCGCUGGGGGAGUGGCGGUUCGAGAUGGCGCGGGAGUGCUUUGAGCGCGCGGGAGAUGUGGGCGCGUUGAUGCUUUUGAUGGCGGCUGUUGGGGGAAGGGAGGGGUUGGAGGGUGUUGCGAGGGAAGCGGCCGAGAAAGGACAGAAUAACCUCGCGUUUGCGGUUACGCUGCUGUUAGGGGACGCAGCAGGCUGCGUCGACCUUCUCAUACGCACACAGCGCGCGCCUGAAGCGGCGCUCUUCGCGCGGACAUACGCGCCUCGUCUGGUGCCUAAAGCAGUCGCAGCGUGGAAAACCGAUCUGACGUCCAAAAACCGCGGCAAGAUCGCGGGUACGAUUGCGGAUCCGGCGCAGAAUCCUGAGCUGUUUGUGGAGGGGUGGGAGGAUGCGUUGGCGAAGGAGGAAGAGGCGUUGGCGGUGUGGGAGAGCGAGAGGGAGAGGGAGAGGGAGAGGGAGAAGGGGGGUGUUUUGGUUGAUGUUGAGGAUAGUUAG